AUGUCCUCAUCGCAGGCCCCUGGCGACCGCAACGGUGGCGGCCAGCCUGCUACCAAGUCAUUUUCCCUGUCGUCCAGUUCAAACGGACCGCCCGCAAAGAAAACCGCCUUCAACCUUCAAUCGAGUCGCGGGCGACCCCCAGCUAGCAAGAGCCACGCUCUCCCGCGCCGGCCGCACCAACUUGGUCAUGGUGACGACUCGUCCGACGAAGAAGAAAGCGCCCCCAUCCACGAGGAAGUGUCUGGCUUUGAUACCCUCACUGGUGGAGCUAUUUCUUCCGACGGAAAGGCUCUCAAUGAUGCGAACGAGCCGCUUGUUAUCCCGGUCACGAGCAAAAACAACUGGCGCGAUCGAGCAGGUGUCAAUGUGAAGAAGGGCAAGAAGAAUUUACUGCCACGCGAGGUCCAGGCUUUACAAGAGGCCGAACGAAAUGGACAGGUUCCUAGUGGCGGCGCGGUUGAGACGGAGAGGCCGAGUAUGGCUUACGGUCUCAGUUUUGCGGAUCAGCUCGCAGACCUAGGGAAGACCGGUGCGGCGGACGAAGACCAACCCAUGACGGAUGUAAAACCCGUUGAAGAGACCAAACCCCUCACGGACGACCAGAUUGCUCUGCAGGCAUUGAUCAGUGAGAGCAAAGGUGAGACGGAGCGGAGGUCGGAUCUCAUUAUUGAGUCAUCGAAGCCUCGAGAUGACGAGGACGAAGCACCGGGCCGCUACGAUGAGACGAGCUCUUUCAGAACAGACGUGUUAUCUCGCCCAGAACCUGCCACCUUAGACCAAUAUAACGCCAUCCCGGUCGAGGAAUUCGGAGCUGCGCUUCUCCGAGGAAUGGGCUGGAAAGACGGCCAAUCUAUAGGACGGGCCAACUACGGGUCUUCCGCCAAUGUGGACCGUGCGAACAAGCCUCGUGUCCCAGAACGACGUCCUGGCUUCCUGGGUAUUGGAGCCAAGGACUCAACUGGUGGAAAGGGUGCCGAAGCUGAAUUCGGCGCAUGGGGAAAAGCAGCCAUGCGCAAGGCAUCGAGGAAGGCGGGCGAGGAAAAUGGAAAUGGAAAUACCGAAGGUGUAUAUAUGCCAGUUACGAUGCGGAACAAGAACACGGGCGAGCAUGUCACAGAGGAGGAGCUCGCAGAGCUCAAGAAAGCGUCCAAGUCUGAGCCUGCCAAGGACGACUGGCGUGAACGACGAGACCGCAACUUGGAGAAGAGUGGGCGUGAUAGUGAUCGGGAUCGAGACUAUCGCAAGCGUGACUACGACGACGAUCGCUCUGAUCGGAGGACUGGGUCUUCGCGAAGAGACCGGAGCUCUUCUGGUGGCCGCCAUUCGUCCAGGCAUUCACGUUAUGAUGGCGACGAUCGACGCAAAGACGACCGGUCCUAUCGCGAUCGCGACCGGGAUCGCGAGCGUGAAAAAGAUCGUCGACGGGAUCGCGAUGAUGAUAAAGACUCUCGACGGGACAGGGACCGUGACCGCGAGCGACGACACCGCGACGACAAGUACAGCAGCUCAAGGCACUCGUCUCAUUCAUCUCGACAUGACCGAGACCGUGAUUCUCGCCGGAGUCGGAGGGACGAUUAA